AUGGCGGAGACAGUUAGUUCUGCUGCGCCACCCGCCAGGAGCAGGGCACUUCGGAUGGAUUCUUGCUGUGGCGCCGGCCAGCAGCUUGGGUGCCUCGCACCGCCCCGUCCCUCGGAGGAUAUAUGGAAGAAGCUCGUACCCUGUUGGCCCCUCGCCCCCCUCGCUCGUUACACUGCCUGUGCGUUCGAGGCCCGAGCAGCCCCUUGGCAGCUCAAAUGCUGCCCCCUGGGCAGAAUUUGUCUGACCCUGGCCACUGUUCCAGGCAAUUUUUUCCUGCCCGCGCGCAGAACGUCCGGCAGCCCCGCGCAGAGGGGGUUCGGCGCGACCGUUCGCCGGGCCGCGUCCGACGCGCCCUGGCGCGCACAGCGCGCCACUUCGCCGCCGGGGCGGGCCGCUGCCGCUCCCUGGGCGCGCCGUCGGCCCGAGGCACGGGGCCGAGGCCGGUUCGGGGAGGGCAGCCUCGUGUGCUUCGUGCUCGUCGGAUGCUCUCGUGCAUCCCGGGGGGCCCCAGACGUGAUCAUCCCCUGA